CAGAUUCUAAUUAGGGGUAGUAGAAAUGUGCACAGCCAAAGACUCAAUUGCAGCAACACUUCGAUCAACAUCAGCGAACCCUGAUGCAAGCUGAUGGAUAUGGAAUGAACAAUACUGAUUCUUUUGGGUCUGGAAACUCCUAUGGCUCUACAACAUCUGUUGGAACUAUGACAAACUCUCAGAAUUCAGAUCCUGUUAAUUUGCAGUCUAUGUCCAGAACAAAUUCUUCUCUGAUAAGUAAUCCAUCGAAUUUACAUGGUGUUCAAUUGGCUGCCCAUAUGAAGCCCCAGUCCAUGGAUCAGUUUGAAAAUAUGAAUUUACAACCUCCAGUUUCUUCGAGAGACAAUAUCCUUCAAGCUAAUCAGCUGCAACAGUUUCAGCAGCAGCCCCUUCAGUUCCAACAACAGUUUCAGCAACAGCAACCCCGCCAUCAGCAAAAUCUGCAGCGUCAAAAUUUGCCGAGUAAUAGUGGUUGUAGUCAGUCCCAGAUGGCAUCUGAUACAAGUAGUCAAGUGAAGCAUGAACCUGGAGUGGAACACCACGAUGAGGUUCUACAUCAACAAGCCCCUCAACAAUAUCAGCUACCUGAAUUGCAGAGUCAAUUCCAGGGGAACCAUGCUGGAGAGAUCUCUAGUCUGCAGAAUAUGCAUUCAUCGCUACCACAAAAUUCUCAACAAAUGCAACAGAUGUUGCACCAACAGCAAUUGGUUCCAGAAUCUCAAAAUGAUUAUAAACAUUCAGUUGGUGCACCGUCAGAAUCAGCUGUGCAGACCCAAUGGCAUCGUCACUCACAAGAGCAGGUUCAAAUGCCAGUGAACAUUUCAUUUGAGCAGCAUGUCCAAGAGGAUUUCCAGCAGAGGAUAUUGAGGCAGGAUGAAGCUCAAUGUGACAAUUUAUCUGUGGAUGCAUCUACUAUCAGUCCAUUGGUUGUUCCUAAAAGCUCAUCAGAUCUUUCAAGUUCAAAGGGUGCUAUCUCUAAAUUUGGAAAUGGGAGUCAUGAUAGGCAAUUCCGAAAUCAAGUGAGGUGGCUUUUGUUACUUCGCCAUGCUCGUAGAUGUAAUGCCUCUGAGGGUAAGUGUGAUGGCUAUUGCUUUACUGUACGAAAGUUGUUGUCUCAUAUGGAUAUGUGUGCAUCCUCUCCAUGUUCAUACCCUCGUUGUCAUCACUCCAAGAUACUGAUUCGUCAUCACAAGACUUGUAGAUAUCCAGCAUGCCCUGUUUGUGUUCCUGUUAACAAUUAUGUACAGGCUCAGAAGGCACGUGCCUCUCUUAACUCUACUUACGCUUUGCCUUCUUCGGAUGGUAUAUCUACUAAAACAUAUAAUGCUGGAGACAUUUCAAGUAGAUUGACUACUACAUCUGCAGCAAUCGAUACUUCUGUAGACAUACAGCCUUCACUAAAACGCAUGAAGAGAGAGCAAUCUUCACAAUCUGUUAUUACUAAAAGUGAAGGUCCUUUAGUAUCAAGUUCUGUUGCUGAAACUCACAGAUCUCAGGAUAUCCAUCGCCAAGAUCACAUACAUGUUGACAGGCGAAUGCUAGUUAAAUCUGAGCCUAUGGAAGUGAAGACUGAAGUCCCCAAGAUUUCUGCUGAAGGUGGUCCUGUUAUUACCGAGAUGAAUGUUGUUUUAGAAGACAUUAGCAAGAAGAAGACUGACUGUGAGCCCACUACAUGUGAUGAAUUUGGUGGUCUUCAUAAGCAAGAAAAUGCUAAGAUUGAGAAGGAACCUGGCUCAGUUAAACUAGAAAAUGUUAAACAGUCUUCCGAAGGUGCAGCUGAAAUCAAGUCUGGGAAACCAAAUAUAAAGGGGGUGUCACUGACUGAACUUUUCACCCCCGAGCAAGUUCGGGAGCAUAUUAGAGGUCUCAGACAAUGGGUUGGCCAGAAUAAGGCAAAGGCUGAAAAACAUCAAGCAAUGGAGCACUCAAUGAGUGAAAACUCCUGUCAGUUAUGUGCAGUUGAAAGACUCACUUUUGAACCACCGCCUAUUUAUUGUAGUCAUUGUGGUGGUCGCAUUAAGCGAAAUGCAGCAUAUUACACAGUGGGUGCCACUGAUACACGACAUUUCUUUUGUAUUCCUUGCCAUAAUGAUGCACUUGGAGAUAGCAUUGUGGUUGAUGGAACUGCCAUUCCUAAGGCAAGGCUUGAGAAGAAGAAAAAUGAUGAAGAGACCGAAGAAUGGUGGGUUCAAUGUGACAAGUGUGAGGCUUGGCAACAUCAAAUUUGUGCUCUAUUUAAUGGUAGAAGGAAUGAUGGCGGGCAAGCUGAAUAUACGUGUCCCAACUGCUAUAUUGCUGAGGUUGAAAGAGGAGAGCGGGAGCCUUUACCACAGAGUGCUGUUCUGGGGGCCAAAGAUUUGCCAAGAACAAUCCUCAGCGACCACAUAGAGCAGCGAUUAUUUAAGCGACUGAAACAGGAAAGAAAAGAGAGGGCAAAGGUUCAAGGAAAAAGUUACGAUGAGGUUCCUGGUGCUGAGGCACUUGUAGUUAGAGUUGUUUCAUCGGUUGACAAAAAGCUGGACGUAAAGCCACGAUUUCUUGAAAUCUUUCAAGAAGACAAUUAUCCACUAGAAUUUCCAUAUAAAUCAAAGGUAGUUUUAUUGUUUCAGAAGAUAGAAGGGGUAGAAGUAUGCUUGUUUGGCAUGUAUGUUCAAGAAUUUGGGUCAGAAUGUGCAUUUCCAAAUCAGCGCCGUGUUUAUCUUUCAUAUCUAGACUCAGUCAAGUAUUUCCGGCCUGAGGUUACUGGAAGCUUACUGAUAAUUGUUGUCACAAUUUUCAUUUUACACAUUAUCGGAUACCUUGAAUAUUGCAAGAAACGUGGUUUUACAAGUUGCUAUAUAUGGGCCUGCCCUCCACUGAAGGGUGAAGAUUAUAUCAUAUAUUGUCAUCCAGAAAUUCAGAAAACACCAAAAUCAGAUAAACUGAGAGAAUGGUAUUUAGCAAUGUUAAGGAAAGCUUCCAAGGAAAACAUUGUAGUUGAUCUUACUAAUUUAUAUGAUCAUUUCUUUGUAAUUGUGAGUGAACGUAAGGCAAAGGUAACAGCAGCUAGGCUUCCAUAUUUUGAUGGUGAUUACUGGCCUGGGGCUGCUGAAGAUCUUAUAAAUCAACUUUGUCAAGAAGAUGGCAGAAAGAUGAAUAAAAAAGGAACAAUAAAAAAGACCAUAACUAAAAGGGCUUUGAAAGCAUCUGGUCAGUCUGACUUCUCUUCUAAUGCAUCAAAGGAUCUGUUACUGAUGCACAAACUUGGUGAGACCAUUUCUCCAAUGAAGGAGGAUUUUAUCAUGGUUCAUUUGCAGCAUUGUUGCACUCAUUGCUGUGUUCUUAUGGUAGCCGGAAACCGCUGGGUCUGCAAUCAGUGCAAGAACUUUCAGAUCUGUGAUAGGUGCUUUGAAACAGAGCAGAGGCGUGAUGAAAGAGAGAGGCAUCCCAUCAACCAGAGGGAGAAACAUGCUCUCUAUCCAGUUGAAAUUACUGAUGUACCUACUGAUACAAAGGAUAAAGAUGAUAUUCUUGAGAGUGAAUUCUUUGAUACUAGGCAAGCAUUUUUGAGUCUUUGUCAAGGGAAUCAUUAUCAGUAUGAUACCCUAAGGCGGGCUAAACAUUCCUCAAUGAUGGUUCUUUACCAUCUACACAAUCCCACUGCCCCUGCAUUUGUCACAACCUGUAACGUAUGUCAUCUGGACAUUGAAACUGGUCAAGGCUGGCGCUGUGAAGUUUGUCCUGAUUAUGAUGUGUGCAACUCCUGUUAUCACAAAGAUGGGGGCAUUAAUCAUCCUCAUAAGUUAACAAAUCAUCCAUCCAUGGCUGAACGCGAUGCACAGAAUAAGGAGGCCAGGCAACUACGGGUUCUUCAGCUGAGGAAAAUGCUUGAUCUUUUGGUGCAUGCAUCACAAUGUCGUUCUGCACAUUGCCAAUACCCAAACUGUCGGAAAGUGAAGGGGCUUUUUCGCCGUGGAAUACAAUGUAAAAGACGUGCCUCUGGUGGUUGUGUACUUUGUAAGAAAAUGUGGUAUCUACUGCAACUUCAUGCUCGAGCAUGCAAAGAAUCUGAAUGCAAUGUACCACGUUGCAGAGAUCUUAAGGAACAUUUGAGAAGGCUUCAACAGCAGUCUGAUUCACGGCGAAGAGCUGCUGUGAUGGAGAUGAUGAGACAGAGAGCUGCAGAGGUUGCUGGUAAUUCUGGGUAGAAUCAAAUUGUAAAUAUAAAUUUGGAGGUUUUGAUGGAAAAUGCUCCCUCCAAGAGGCAUGUAGAAAAUAGCUUUUGUGCUGCUCCACUGGUUCACUUGGCGCAGAUGGGGAAAACCAGUGGAUUUGUUGUAGGUCAGAAGGGUAUAGGCAUACAAAUUGAUUAUUGAUGGCUUGGUAGGGCACAAUUUUUUCAUUCAUAGAACCCGUGAUCUCCUAAAAUGAAGGUUUAUAAGAUCCGAUCAGCCUGCAACAGUUGCCUUGGAGGAAUGUUGGAGUAUAGAUGUGUGCCAUUGCCCUGAUUAGGUUAUUGUUUUUGUGUUUUUGUGUAUUCAUUGUUAUCCCUUUGGUGGCUAAUCUGUAGAAAUUUAUUCUUACAUAGGAAUGUCGGAGUGAGGGAGCUUAGUUUCAAUUUUAUUUUUUUGGUAUUGUCUAAGUUUUCCCCUUGGAACGUUGACACCCCUUUUUUGUAGAACGGCUUCUUCAUGUUUGAAGAUGGAAAAAUAAGGAGAACCGCAUCAGUUCUG